GAUCAAUUUGCCAUCCUUGCGCACAACGCAAAGAUGUCGUCGACUCCGUCUUCACGCCGUCGAGGUCACUCCUCACGUAAUUCUCAAUCUUCCUCACCUGCCCAACCGCCACAAGCCACUCCCAAAAGCUCAAGACAGACCGCCAAUGCUGCCGCAGUUGCAUCAUCAUCACCAUUGUUCUUCCAAUCUUCGCCCGCUCGAUCAGGAAGGGCAGGCCCAUCUCAUCUUCCGAGCGAUGGGAUGAUCAUUAGUUCACCACCAAGAAACUCGUCUCAUGCAGGAGAUCGCGAGACCACGCCCCGCCCAAGCAAUCGGCCAGUCCAAGAAUCGUCUCCUGUUCGUUAUGAUCCAAGUUCGAGCCCUGUACGAAGCUCCCAACGCCUUGCGUCCGAUGUUCCCACCAGCAGCAGCGGCCUGUUUGUUCGUCAAGACAGACCACCACGAAUCUCAUCGAGAAGAGGUGAUAUUCAUUCGGAUGCCUUUGCUCCCUCGCCAGCAAACCGGCGCCGAAUCUUUGUUGGUGAAGAUGGUAUGCCUGUUCGAGAUGCUGGAGAACCUGGCUCCGAAGCAACCUUCACCAAUAUCAAUCCAGACACUUCUGAGGCAGAUGUGCUGGGAGGCGAUUCUACACGAGUCAUCUGGGGAACAAAUAUCUCCAUUGUAGACUCAAUCGCUGCAUUCAAGAGCUUUCUCUUCAACUACACCACCAAAUACAGAAUGUGGGCAGACGGCGCCAGCGAAGAGGAGACCAAGAGCCUCGGGGCUGCUGCAGACGAGAAAGAGUAUUACAAUAUGUUGCAAAAUAUGCGCGCAGCUGGUAUCAAUGGUCUUAACCUUGACGCCAGAAAUCUCAAGGCAUAUCCUGCAACUCUGAAACUUUGGCAUCAACUGCAAGGCUACCCACAAGAGAUCAUCCCCCUGAUGGAUCAGACACUCAAGGAUGUAAUGGUCGAGCUUGCACAGAAGGAGAUGCGAGAACUGCAAAGAAAUCAUGCAACAUCCGCCUCACGCGCCAGAAAUGGAAGCUCGGUUCCACCUCUUCCCACUUCAGAUCUAGGCUCUACUCCGGGACCUAGCGCCAGCCAUCAACCAGAUGAUAUUCCCGAUCUCGUCGAGGAGGCAGAAGUCCGUAACUGGAAGGUUGCUGUGUUCGGUUUGGACAAGACCGUCAACAUGCGGGAGCUGGAUCCUGCCGAUAUCGACAAGCUUGUCUCCAUCAAAGGUCUUGUCAUUCGAACCACACCAGUCAUCCCAGACAUGAAAGAGGCAUUCUUCAAGUGCAGCGUCUGCGAUCACACCCUGUACGUUACUAUCGACCGUGGAAAGAUCGCAGAACCCACAGAAUGCCCUCGCCAGGCUUGUAAAUCCAAAGAUGGAAUGCAAAUUGUACACAACCGAUGCGUCUUUGCCGACAAGCAAGUCAUCAAACUGCAAGAGACCCCCGACUCCGUGCCUGACGGGCAAACGCCACACAGCGUUUCUCUCUGCUGUUACGACGAACUGGUCGACGUCUGCAAAGCCGGAGACCGAAUUGAAGUCACGGGCAUUUUCAGAAGCAACGCCGUGCGCGUCAAUCCGCGCCAACGAACCAUCAGAUCGCUUUUCAAGACCUACAUCGAUGUUCUCCACGUCCAAAAGGUCGACAAGCGGAAAGUCGGCAUUGACGCCUCCACCAUCGAGCAGGAACUCGCCGAACAAGUCGCAGGAGAUGCAGAGCAAAUCCGUCGAAUCACCGCCGAGGAAGAAAUCAAGAUCAAAGAAACAGCCGCCCGCGCCGACAUCUACGACCUCCUUUCACGAAGUCUCGCGCCCAGCAUCCACGAGCUCGACGACGUCAAAAAGGGAAUCCUUCUCCAAUUGUUCGGAGGCACCAACAAAUCCUUUGAAAAGGGCGGCAGCCCCAAAUAUCGCGGCGACGUCAACAUCUUGCUGUGCGGUGACCCGUCAACAGCAAAGUCCCAAUUGUUGCAAUACGUGCACAAAAUCGCACCGCGAGGUGUCUACACAUCCGGCAAGGGAUCAUCGGCCGUCGGUCUAACCGCAUACGUGACUCGCGAUCCAGAAUCCAAGCAACUGGUCUUGGAAUCCGGUGCACUUGUCCUAUCGGAUGGUGGUGUAUGUUGUAUCGAUGAGUUCGACAAGAUGAACGAAUCCACACGGUCGGUGCUGCAUGAAGUGAUGGAACAACAGACUGUCUCUAUCGCAAAGGCAGGUAUCAUCACGACACUCAAUGCGCGUACCAGUAUCCUCGCAUCAGCCAACCCGAUCGGCAGCAAAUAUAACCCCAACCUCCCUGUUCCUCAGAACAUCGACCUUCCUCCGACUUUGCUCUCCAGAUUCGAUUUGGUAUAUCUUGUAUUGGAUCGCAUCGACGAAAGCAAUGAUCGACGCUUGGCCCAACAUUUAGUUGGCAUGUAUCUUGAAGAUACACCAGAGAAUGCAUCACAGGAUGAAAUCUUGCCCAUCGAAUUCCUCACCACCUACAUCUCCUACGCCCGAACCAACAUCCACCCAACCAUCACACCCCCGGCCGCCGAAGCCCUGACCAGCGCGUACGUCGCCAUGCGCGCACUCGGCAAUUCCAUCCAAGCAUCCGACCGACGCAUCACCGCUACAACACGACAACUCGAAUCCAUGAUCCGACUGUCCGAAGCACACGCGAAAAUGCGCUUGUCACCUACCGUCGAAUCAUCCGACGUCGACGAAGCCGUCCGACUGAUCAAAUCCGCCAUUAAAGCUUCAGCAACCGAUGCCCGUACUGGUCUCAUUGAUAUGGGCUUGUUAUCUGAAGGUGGCAGUGCGAGUGAUCGACGACGGAAAGAGGAUUUGAAGAGAGCGGUUUUGGCGGCGAUUGAUGGUGAUGCAGUGGUGAGGAGUGGAAAUCCCGUAAGAUAUGCGGAUGUGUAUCGAAAUGUGGGCGAUGGAAGUUCGGUGGAGAUUGAGGGCGUUGAGUUCCAGGAGGCGGUGAGGGCGUUGGAACAGGAAGGCAAGGUGCAGAUUAUUGGUGAUGGUGGGAGGAGGACGAUUCGAAGAAUUACGGGGGUUUAGACGAUGAAUGAGGUCGAGAUGAGUACGGUCGAUGACAUGUGUGAGAUGCAAUAUCCCACUCACUCCCGCUCAUGGAUUCAGAACGAGGUACGGAGUACUCAGAAGAGAAGGGUCACCGGAACUUGCUAUGUACGAGGACGAUUCAUAAGAUGGGCGGUCUUCCCUUGUGGUGAUGAAUGGCCAGGGGCUAUACGAGAAACAAAGUAGAAUGAUUCACGCGGCUGGGUGCGGAGUUUGGUGUGGAUAUAAAUCUUGUUGCAAGAUCACAUUACAGCAGUACGAUUGUUUAAUUGAGAUGCAGUC